AGCAGCAGCAAGACAUUGGCUUGAAGGCACUAUGGCAAAUGAAGAGCAGGUCCUGCUGUCCCCGCUGAAAAGUGGGCAUCCUCCGGCAGUAAAAGCUGGAGGAAUGCGAAUUUCCAAAAAGCAAGAAAUGGGCAUUUUGGAGAGACACACCAAAAAAACAGGAUUAGAGAAAACAAGUGCCAUUGCAAAUGUUGCCAAAAUACAGAUGUUGGAUGCUCUGAACGACACACUUGACAAGCUCAACCAUAAAUUUCCAGCAACAGUUCACAUGGCACAUCAAAAACCCACGCCUGCUCUGGAGAAGGCCCCUCCGCUGAAAAGGAUCUACAUGAUUCAGCAGCCUCGGAAAUGUUAAGCCAGGAUAUAAAAUGCAGCAUUUGGCCAACUUCCUCAAGCAUCUGACAGCUUAGCAAAAAGGACCAACACUUUCUUAGGCCUACUAUAUUCGCUUGGUAAAUAAAACAGCUUUUGUAUCUUCCUUUUUCACUUUAGAUAAUAAAAAUUCCAAAAUUGUAAAUCUAAUACA